GCCUGGGCCCCGCCUGCCCGGCAUGGCGGAGGAGCGGCGCUUUCUCUCGGCCUCCGGGGUGCCGAUCGCGCUGCGGCGCCGCCAGCACAGCGCGUCGUGCCGGGAGCUGGCGGUGCGCGGCCCCCGCCUGCAGCUGCGCUCGCUCAGCGCCGCCACCUCCGCCGUCUGGCUGGCGGCCUACGGGCUCUUCGCGCUCUGCGAGAACAGCUUGGUGCUCUCUGCUGCCAUCUUCAUCACGCUGAUCGGCCUGAUCAUCUACCUGCACUUCGUGAAGAUUGACCAGGAAUCCCUGCUGGUCAUCGGCUCACUCGGCAUUCAGGUGACUUCAGCCUAUGCCUCAGGGAAAGAGAGCACAACUUUCAUUGAGAUGGGGCAAGUGAAGGAUGUGGUUAUCAAUGAAGCCAUCCAUAUGCAAAAAGUUAUCUACUACCUGUGUAUCCUCCUCCAGGACCCUGAAGAUCCUCAGGGAGUGUCUGAGGUUGUGCCACUCUUUCAGAGCUCCAAGCCACGACUAGACUGCUUGAUAGAAGUGUACAAAAGUUGUCAAGAGAUCCUGGAGCAGAGGAAGACAGCUCCACAAUCAAGUGAAAUAAAAUAGCUGAAAAAAAGACAGCAAACUUUCAGCAGGACUCAGAGGGACACAUGGAAAAGCAAGAAAAUCUGCCCCAUUAGCAGAAAUUUUUAGGCUCUGACAGAAGAAGCUUUUUCUUGCCUCUCCGGAAAAGAAUUAUGGGGAAAUAGGGCAAAGGGAGACAAGAAAAUGCAUCCAUUUUUUACUGUUUCAUGCAUCUGAAAAUUAUGCUAAAAUUAGAAAAUAACCUUGGCUGGACUGCCUUAAGUAUGCAUGUUUUGUUUUUUAUUUAACCCUUUGUUUGAAAAUCACACUCUAAAUACCAAAGCUGAUGUGUGGGAUCAGAUAGUAACUUCCUGAAGACAGGAGAAUUUCAGAAGGACAAAACCAGAAAAUUAAACUGUUGCAUUCAGUUAUGUUUAAUGGAAUAAACAUAAAAGAGAUCUGAAGACUGACCUCUUCAGGGAUCUGCUUGAAGGAGUCCCAUGUGAUGGGGUCGCUAGAGGGAAGAGGGAUCUGAGAAAGCUGAUUGAUAGCCAAGGAUCAUUUCUUCUGAGAUCAAGAACUGUCCAUCCCAAUGAGCAGGAAGUGAAGCAGAAAUACCAGGAAGCCUGCAUGGAUGAGCAAGCUGUUCCUGGCAAUGCUUGAACACAAAAGGGAGGUGUACAGAGGGUGGAAUUAGGGACAGGUGAUGUGGGAGGAAUAUAGCAACACUGUUCAAGAUGCAGUUAGAAAAGCUAAAGCCCAGCUGGCGAUGAAUCAGUUGAAGGAUGUCAAAGGCAACAAGAAUGGUUUCAGUAAGUGCUUAACUGUCAAAAGGAGCACAGGGAAAAUGUGAACCCAUUGCUGAAUGGGGCAGGGUCUGUUGACAUGGGACAUGGAAAAGAUGUGGCAUUUAAAGGGCCUCAUGAGUUACUCUCAGAAUAUGAGGCACAUGUGUUGUUGAAAAUGAUGGUAAUGACAACGUGAAUAAAGUUUUAUUAAUCUGUGCUCUUUGCAGUAA